CAGUUUCCAAACUCUUUCACUUUCGAAUUCUUUGUCACGUACAAGGAAAUUAUCCGAGACGCUUUGUCAAUCACCUUCGACAUUUAGAAAAAAAGUAACCCCUAAUCUAUAGCCUACAAAUAGAGUUUACUUUAUCCACUUUAACACACGAUGGCUCUUUUCGACGUUACUGGUUUUAAAACGUAUUCUGAGCUCCGGGAGCAGAUUCUUCCAGCACAACAGACGCAUCUCGUCGACAGAACCAACCACUACAAUUUCGGGACCAAAACUCAAGAAUUCGCUGUGCCUCUGGGUGUUGAUCCAUCAGGGUUUCUCAAGUCCUGCAACCGUGACGGAGGUGUGUGUAUAGAGCUGAACCACGGCACCACCACUCUGGCCUUCAAGUUCAGACAUGGUGUCAUCGUGGCUGUGGACUCCAGAGCCUCAGCUGGCCAUUAUUUAGCAUCCAACGAUGUCAACAAGGUCAUAGAGAUCAACCCCUACCUGCUGGGCACCAUGUCGGGCAGCGCUGCAGACUGCCAGUACUGGGAGAGACUCCUGGCCAAAGAGUGCAGGCUGUACAGGCUGAGGAACAACCACAGGAUCUCUGUGGCUGCUGCCUCCAAACUGCUGUCUAACAUGAUGCUGGGUUACCGAGGCAUGGGCCUGUCCAUGGGAAGCAUGAUCUGUGGAUGGGACAAAGAGGGCCCUGGUCUGUACUAUGUGGACGAUAACGGGACGCGUCUGUCGGGCCGUAUGUUCUCUACUGGUUGUGGUAACAGUUACGCCUACGGUGUGGUGGACAGCGGUUACCGGGAAGACAUGACGGUGGAGGAAGCGUAUGAACUGGGCCGUCGGGGCAUCGCUCACGCUACACACAGGGAUGCUUACUCUGGAGGGGUGGUCAACAUGUACCACAUGCAGGAGGACGGCUGGAUUAAGGUGUGUAAGGAAGACGUAUCAGAGCUGAUCCACCGCUACAGGAAGGGGAUGUUCUGAAGGUCAGAACCCAGAUCAACCUCAGCACUCUGAAUAGCGACCAAUGAUGCGUUUCUUUCCAAAAUGAUGAAACUGUCAGUAUGUCUCAAAAGUACAUUGAAUCAGUUGAUAUCUGAUUUUGGAAAUGAAUGGCCCUACUUUGUCUCAGAGCAGAGUGAAAUGGAAGUGUCCAUUUCUGAAUAAGGAUCAAUAAAAUGUCAGUCAAAUCAUGAAAAGCUACAUAACUAUUUCUUUCCUACAUAUGAGCAUAAACUUUCCAGGAUGCCAUCAUUAAAUUGAGAUCUCAUUGUCUAGAUCUUUGUUUGGUUAAUGUUCUUUAUGUUAUAUAACAUUGGUACUGUACAUGUAGAUACUCUCCAAGCUUACACGGUUUGUGCUAACCAGACAUCCUGUUCCAAAUAAAGACUUGUUCAUCUCA